AUGCUGAAUCUGGCAGUAACCGUGGACGGGGACGCACCCACCGAUACCGGAGUAGCCGGUGUGUCAUUCUCAGGUCCUGCAGUACGGUGCACGGGUAGAAGCAACAGGGUCUCCUUGGAAUUGAGCAGCAUCUCGCAUCAUACCCAGCAUCUGCAUCUGCAGAUUCACCAGCUGCUCCAAGAUAUAGUCCAACAUCACCAUCCUAUUCACCAACAUCACCAUCAUACUCACCAACAUCCCCAUCAUAUUCGCCAACUUCUCCAUCAUAUUCACCUACCUCACCAUCAUACUCUCCAACCUCCCCAAGUUACAGUCCAACUUCACCAUCAUAUUCACCAACAUCUCCAUCAUACUCACCAACUUCACCAUCAUAUUCACCAACUUCUCCAAGUUAUAGUCCAACAUCACCAUCCUAUUCACCAACAUCACCAUCAUACUCACCAACAUCCCCAUCAUAUUCGCCAACUUCUCCAUCAUAUUCACCUACCUCACCAUCAUACUCUCCAACAUCACCAUCAUACUCCCCAACAUCUCCAAGUUAUAGUCCUGGCUCUCCUUCUUACUCUCCAAGUUCACCAAAGAAGGAUAGCGAUGGUAAUGAAAAGAACAAUUAGGAUAUGUAAUAAGUUGUUCUUUGAAUGGGUAAAUAUGCUCCUAAAUGUUUGCUAUUUCCUGUUAUUUUUGUAA